CUCUCUAGAAGCUAUAGAACAAGAAUUUUUUAUCCCUGCUCUGUCCAAUGAACACCCAACUCCCAAGUCCUAACUUUCCUAGAAUUCCUCUAUCUGUAGGACUUACUUUGUCUAAGGAGCUCUCUGGUAGAUUUGAGAAUGGUAUAGAUUAGGGUUUGUUCAGUAACAGCAACACUAUAUAAAUUGUAAAAGAGUUUAUGGUAUAGAACAGGCAUGUUCAGAGUUAUUAUAUUGCAUGAGAUUCUCAUUGAUGAAUUGUGGGAGAUUAUCAGUGGAGGAUGAAGCAGAAGAAGUAAUCUCCAAGAAGAAAAAGAAGCCACAUCGUGGUAUAGGUUGGGGUUUGUUCAGUAACAGCAACACUGUAUAAUUGGUAAAAGAGUUUAUGGUAUAGAACAGGCAUAUUCAGAGUUAUUAUACUGCAUGAAGUUGUCAUUGAUGCGUUGUGGGAGAUUAUCAGUGGAGGGGGAAGCAGAAGAAGUAAUCUCCAAGAAGAAAAAGAAGCCACAUCAUGGGAAAAAAAUGUCUUCUUCUAAUCCAUAUUCUACAAUUGGCCUCGAUAAAUUUGCCAGUUUGAAUGCAGAGCUCUCUGCAAAAAGAGAGUAUGUUGCUAGGAAGACAGGCACCCCAGAGGCCAUGGUGAGGUUUGUGUAUACCAGUAAAGGAUGGGCACCUGUGGUAGUGAAAAACGGGCAUGGUGGUAAAGAUGAGGAGGUUUUGCUCCUGCCACCUAAUUCAAGGGGAAAAGACAGUGUGAGGGCUGAUGAAGGGUGUGAUAAUGGUGAUAUUGCAUCUUCUAGUAGCCAAAUGACUGUAGCUGGGAACUUGCCAUGGUGGUCUGAGUAUCUGGCAACGACUGCAUUUGGGGUGCUGACUGUGAGUGCCAUUAUGGUUAGAAAGUUUGCUGUGCCUGCAGUUGCCAUGGCUGUUGUUAUGGUGGUGGGUUCUCUGCAGAGGAGGUGGAUGGGUGGUGUCAUGUGCACAAGGAGCUUCAUAGACACAGCAGUCUCAUACUUCUCAGAGCUUUUCAUCCACUGGAACAGAAGCUUACAGGUGAGAAAAACGGGGCCUCCAAAGGAGAGACUUCAAGUAGAGGCAGAGCAACAUGUGGCAUCUCCAGAGCAUAACAUCAUUACUGAAAGGUCUCAAGGAGGGCCUCUGUUUUCCUUCAGUGCACCCUCUAGCCCUACUGUGAGAGAUCCUACUAUGUUUUUUGCACCCAAAAGCAGCAGCAGGAGCCAGGACUUCAGUACCCAAUUGGAGGCUAGGAAGAAGAAGAUAGAGAAUAGGCAGUUGGGAAGGGUUGUGUCCAUGGAUGGUCAGUCAAGGAACCAGGACUUCAAUACCCAAUUGGAGGCUAAGAAGAAGAAGACAGAGAAUAGGCAGUUGAGAAGGGCUGUGUCCAUGGACGGUCAGCCUAGGAAGCCCAUCAAAUCACAGCAGUCAGAGAGUUCUUUCUGGGCAAGGGAAGGGGAAAUUGAUGCCACCUUGGGUGCCACUCUGAUGCUUAUUCUUCUCUUCUUCUUGGUUUUCUAUGGCAGGCUCUAUGCCAUUUGCUUCACAUCUGCUUACUUGUAUGUACUUUCCAAGCUCAGAAUUGAAUUGAGCAUAAGAAGAGGGCUAUCGAUUCAGAGAUCUGAUAAUUGAUCUUCAAUCUAGAGAGUACAAGAAGAGAGUCAUCAUCGAUGGAUUGCUUGCAAGAAAUCAUGGCAGUGUUAUGUGGCAUCAAGUGUAUUUAUGCAUAACAUGUGAUUGUGUGGUGAAUUUUUUUGAUAUAACAGAGUAUGGUCAUGUGGGUUUGUAUGUAUCAUGUGCUUGCAGUAAAUGCAGAUUGGUGGUGCAUUUAAUACAAAAUGCCCUACUUUUCCAAA